CAUCAGUGGCACAGGCAGAAUGAGAGAGAGCAGGGAGAGGAAUUAUGUGGAGGAGGACUUUAUUAAAAAGUGAGAGAGAGCAGCUGAAAGAGGAGGGCAGAGAGAGAGAGAGAGAUGCUGUUGCCACGGAAGAGUGUGGAUAAAGAAUCAUCCAUCUUUAACAGCUUGUGAGGGAUAAACGUAUAUGAAAACCUAGGGACGUAGGCACGAAUAAAUGCACAUAGAAGACAAAACCAACCAGAUCAUACUACCACAGGCUGUGGAUUAUAACUCCAGUCGAUCAGAUUCACACAGACAAAAGACGAAGAAGAGAGAGAGAGAGAAGAAGAAUAUGUGGGAAUCAGGCAGGUGAGAUUACAUUUUCACACAGCAUCCACAGCCAUGAUGUCAUCACAGCGAGAUUAGACAGCCUGCCUGGGCGUUACAGCUGAGGACGGUGUGUGUGUGUGUGUGUGUGUUCUAGCGUAUGUGAACUCUGAAGAAGAUGGAGAGGAGAUCCAGCUAUGAAUGAAGGGCCACGGAUGGAUCAUCACAACACAACCUGGGUUACAUGGAGAGUAAUGUUUAUUCCCACCACAACUGGACAAGAUGAGAAACUGUUGUUUUAGGAGUAGGGAGCUCUGAUGAACAGAAUAGAACAGAGGUGUAUAUUUCUACCAUAUACUGUAGUUCUUACCCACCCACUCUCACCAGGGAGCACCACAUCUGGUCCACAGCAGGCCAUUCUCUGCCUGCAGCAGUCCCAAACUGGAGCUGAGGUGAACAGGGUUGGAGCGGUGUCACCCAGGGCUGGAGUCUGGACCAGAUUCUCUGGUUGGCACACAUUGCAUGCUACACCUGACCUCACCUGGUCUCAUUGCCUAGCAUUACCUGUGGAUUGUCCUGGGCUUCCCUGACUACAGGGAGGAGGAAGAGGAAGUCACUGCCUUACAGAAGAAGAACAACAGAGACAUUCAGAGUCAGCUACAGGAGACAGAGAACUUCCUGUUGAAUUGACUCUAGGGCCCAGGCUGGUCCUGCUCCCUGAUUGGAGGAUGGGAACGGCAGAGGUCAUGUCAGAGGUCACGGCACGCAUGGACAGCAUGGAGGUCAAGGAUGAGUGGCAGGACGAAGACUUCCCCAGGCCUCUACCAGAAGAUGGAGACAUGGAGGACAGGGGGCUCACUGACAACACGACAACUCCCCCUAACACCCUGAACGUUGGAGUUUGGGGUGAGUCGUCGGCCCUGCGUAAGCGCCGUACGCUGGUAGCUCCGGACAUGAACAUGUCAUUGGACCAGAGCGAGGGUUCCGUCCUGUCAGAUGACUUCUUAGGUAACCCUGACGACCUGGAUGUCAACGUGGACGACAUGGACACGCCCGACGACAACGACUCCUUGGAGUUUAUCACCAACGGCAACGACCUGGAGUGGGAAGACGACACUCCUAUAGUGAGUUCCAAGGGUCUGCCUGGAGGCCAGACAGAGGAGGAGGAGGAGGCAGGCAGACUGUGGAGGACAGUGAUCAUAGGAGACCAGGAACAGAGGAUAGACAUGGCUGUCAUCAGACCAUACCUGAGGGUGGUCACACAUGGAGGUUACUACGGUGAGGGUCUGAAUGCCAUCAUAGUGUUUGCGGCGUGUUACCUGCCAGAGAGCAGCUGUGAGGACUACACUUUCAUCAUGGAGAACCUCUUCCUCUAUGUGAUCAGUAGCCUGGAGUUGUUAGUGGCUGAGGACUACAUGAUUAUCUAUCUGAACGGAGCUACGCCUCGCAGGAGGAUGCCUGGUAUCAGCUGGCUAAAGAGGUGCUACCACACCAUCAACAGGAGGUUGAAGAAGAAUCUGAAGUGGCUGGUCAUUGCUCACCCAUCCUGGUUCAUCCGUACAAUCCUGGCCAUCUCCAGACCCUUCAUCAGUGUGAAGUUCCUGGAUAAGAUCCGCUAUGUUCACACAUUGGAUGAGUUGAGCAAGCUGAUUCCUAUGGACCACAUACAGAUCCCAGAAUGUGUCCUGCAAUAUGAUGACCAGAAGAUGAUAGCACAAAAAGAAAGGCAGGAGAUGGAGCAUACCAAGUCUGCACCCCCCACGGAAAGGUAAAACAAGAAUCCACAACCCUGCUGAGGAUUCAUGAGGAUACUGUCUAUCAAUAUAGGGUAAAAGACUUCUUGGCUGAAGAUAAAGGACUGAUGGAGAAAUGAUUACGACUGGUGUGUGGGUGAAGAGGGCUCCUGACAUUACAUCAACAUCAUCCUACCUUGUCUUACUUUCCACAAGGCAGAUACCCUGGUCUGUCUGUCCCAUGGAAUAAACCUACCCUGGCACAUAGCCUGACCUCUUUCCGAUUGGAAUAAACCUACCCUGGCACAUACCCUGACCUCUUUCCAAUUGGAAUAAACCUACCCUGGCACAUAGCCUGACCUCUUUCCGAU